CCGCGGGGUUUAUUCAGGUUCUGACCGCGGCUCUGGCUCUGAACUCCGGCUCUGCGCAGACAGCGGGCUGCGAGCCUGUGCGGGUGCUGGAGGAUGACCUAUAUUACCGAAUGGGGGUGUGUGUGUGUAGGGUCUAAAUGAGCCUGGGAACUGAGAUUGAGCUAAUCUAGCUUUAGAAAUCUACUUUAACUAACUAAUUUCUAUGGAUGAUCCUGUUUAAAUCACAGCUAGGUUAUCGAUCUGCAGGGUCAGCUGUCUGAGACCCCGGACCGUCCCAAUUUCCCCACUAAAACCCGAUUAUUUAGAUUUAUUUACGUGUAUUUCCGAAGACUGAGAGGAAACUAAAGCAUGGAGGUGUUCGAGGGGGUCGGCAGCGGAGAGGCAGUGCUGGAUUUGUCUCAUCUGAACUUCAGCGUGGUGAGUUUCGACAACGUGAGCGAGAAAAGGCGAGAAGAAACCAAGCAGCUCCAUCUGUGCUACAACCGACUCACGGCGCUCCCAGCCUCCAUCGAGCGCUUCACCAACCUCGAGUUUCUGGACCUCAGUAACAACGGGCUCUCGGUUCUCAGCGAGGGUAUCACCCGCCUGACCAGGCUCAGGACUCUCAUAGCCAAAAACAACCGCCUGGACGAGUUUUCGCUCCCCAAGGAGUUCGGCUCGCUGCCGCUGGAGCUGCUGAACCUCAGCGGGAACCGCUUCGAGGAGAUCCCGGCGCAGUUCCUGCAGCUCCGCCGCCUGCAGUCGCUCUCUCUCGGGGGAAACAGGCUGAAGGGGAUCCCGGCCGAGAUCGAGAAUCUGACCAGUUUGGAGUUGCUGUAUUUGGGAGGGAAUCUAAUCUCGGAUAUCCCAGUAGAGCUGGCCAACCUGCCUGUCCUCAGCUAUUUGGUGCUGUGUGACAACCGCAUCCAGAGCAUCCCACCACAGUUUACCAGGCUUCAUUCCCUGCGUUCUCUCAGUCUCCACAACAACCUCCUGACCUACCUGCCCCGUGAGAUCCUCAGCCUGGUGCAGCUGCAGGAGCUCAGUCUGCGUGGAAACCCUCUGGUCGUGCGUUUUGUGAAGGACAUGACCUAUGAUCCUCCGUCGCUGCUGGAACUGGCUGGUCGGACCAUCAAAUCACGCAACCUUCGCUACUCUGUGGAGGACAUGCCUGCCCACCUGCUCAAUUACCUGGACCUCGCCAGCAAGUGCCCCAACCCCAAGUGUGCAGGUGUGUACUUCGACUCGUGCGUGCGGCACAUCAAGUUCGUGGAUUUCUGUGGGAAGUACCGGCUGCCACUCAUGCACUACCUGUGUUCCCCAGAAUGCACCUCUCCCUGCAGCUCCAACCCACAGAGCGACGCCGACUCAGACGAUGACCAGAGCGUGCCGGCUGACCGUCUGCAGAGAGUACUGCUGGGAUAGCACUGUUUACACUCCCACAAACAUCCUGUCUACUCUCUCAGUCCUCCUCACCCUCUCUCUCUCUGGUGCUACUCCACCAAACACUGAACUUCUUCAUGACAUGUUUGUUUUGUCAUCUGAGGCCAAAAAUGUUCUUUUUUUAGCCAGUUGAAGCAUGUUGAGAGUGAAGUGCUCCGGUGCAGUGGGAGAGCUGCUUUUCAACACUACACGCCUCCUCAUCACUAACUACCGUUCAUGUUCUAACCUAGUAAUUCCAAGAUACUAGACUGAGGAGAAUGUAAUGGGCCUGCAGCAGCGGGUUGCUGUGUUUACACAGCUAAAGAGGGUUUAAGACCCGCUAGUGUAAUAGUAAGUUUGGCCUAGGUUAGCCCUGAGAUGUCGAGUUUGGCUGUAGUAUGUAAAUGAAAUUACAUAUUUAACAGUGUAGAUUGUUGCAUGUUAGAUUGCAUUAAUGUUCCGUAUGGAAAGAAAUGGCAAAAUAUUUAUUUUUGGUAAAACAAGACUUAAAGACUUAUUAUUAAAACGUAAUAAUAUCAUGAAAUAUUCUCCUUUUUCACAAAAAAGUGUUUUGUUUGAAUAUGCCGUUUAUAUUGUUAUCACCGGAGAUAACUGCAACUUCAAGGGUUAAACAGGGGGCCUCUACUGUGUGGCUCCAGAAUCUUCUGAAUGCAUACUGGUUAUUGUAGUUUAGUAUUUAGUAGUUUAUUUAACUAAUUUGUGCAACAAACUCUUAAAAUCAAGGUGCUACAGAGAGUUCUUUUGAGCAAUACUAUAGAAGAACCACGUUUAGUUUCAUAAAGAACUACACUUUUAGUAUUAAGACAAAUCAAGUGCAUUUUUCCUAUCCAGCAAAAACUUUCUACUAGAAAAACAGCUGAAGAAUAUAAAUAAUAGACCUUAAAAAUAGAUACGGCAACAUAUUUAACAUGACUUCCUUUACAAAACUAGCAAAAUAUUUUAUUUCCAUAAACACUAUGAACAGACCUAAAAUAUUAAAUUUUUAUUCAAAAGAGAUAUCUUUCAGAAGCUCUAUUGCACAAGGAAGACACAAGUUUAAUAUCUGUUUAAUCAAGCCAUUAGAGUCAUUAAAGUGUUAAAGCAGCUGUUUUAUCAGUUUAUCACAAUUCCCUUCUUUCUCCAGUUAACAAAUACAUUCAGUAAUUCAGUGUGAAUUAAUAAUAUCCUUCACUCUACAGUAUUAAUCUGUUCUCAGUUCUGUUCUCAUGUUUCUCCAGACAGGAAAGCAUGAGGCUGUGUUGGCUUGUUAUGCUAACUGGCUAGCGUUAGCUAGCGAGCUCUGCUACUGUGCUUUUUUUUUGGCGGUGCUGUUCUACACAGCGCUCUACAGCGCCUCUAGUGGAAUGGCGGUAUGUGAAAAAUGCAUUUCCCCCUCCGGUAUACCAUAUGAACCUGUAUACCACCCAGCACUGUUAGUGAGGUCAAUAUACCCACAUUCAAUGCUGGUGGCUUUGGGUCUUAAUAUACCUGCAUACCUUCAUUAGAAAGGGUGUUCACAAACAUUUAAAUUAAAUAUAGUGUAGUGUGAAGAAGCUAAUUUAGGGGUUUCUCACUCUCACUAUCUAAACAAUUUCUAUUUAAAACAGGCUUAUUUUAUGUAGUUAAACUAACUCUUCUAUGCUGUCUCUUAAAGAACUCUUAACAGCACCUUUAUGUUUAGGAGUAAAAGUGCCUUGGUUAAUGCAUGGGUUAUGAAAUCUUUUGAAGUGCCUAGCUCUUAUGAACUUUAUAGCUCUCAGUGAGAGACUCUGAGUCUCUGGUUGUUGGAAGUGUGGAGAUGUGGAGGUCUCUAAAUGCUGUCUUUUCUUGCUAAGCAACGCACACUUUAUCUACAGAUUUACUGUGAAGUUAACAGAUAAAAAAAAGAAAAAAAAACAAGGCUGGGAACAAAGACGUGAUCUUGCCUUGACAGACUGAGGUCUAAAAUUGUACAUGUGUAUGUGUGUUUGUAUAUGUGUGUGUGUGUGUAUGUGUAUGAAAGAGUGUGAGUAAAAGAGUUCAUACAGACGUUAUAAUGGUCUUACUAGAGGCCUCAUAACCGUUGGCCUUGCAGUUGCUUUUUUUUUUUAUAACUGUCCUACUUAGGCCUGUCACGAUGAUUACAUCAUUGGCUUAUCAUACAGUAUAUCAUGGACAUGACCCCGAAUAUUUUUGCUGAUAUUGCCUAUUGUGUUUAAUUGUAUAUAAUUUAGCAAAGACACUGAUUUAAGCCAGUCACAUUUUCUAUUCUUUAUUAUGCUCUCUGUCCGAGUCCAGUGUGUGUGCAAUUACCAAUGCUUUAAUGAUGCCAUCUCUGAAUAUGCUAUUUUAUAUCAUUAUAUAAGUGACAUGCAGCUCUGGAAAAAGUUAAGAGACCACUUCAGUUUCUGAAUCAGUUUCUCUGAUUUUGCUAUUUAUAGGUUUAUGUUUGAGUAAACUGCAGACAACGUUUCUCCCAAAUUCCAAAUAAAAAUAUUGUCAUUUAGAGCAUUUAUUUGCAGAAAAUGAGAAAUGGCUGAAAUAACAAAAAAGAUGCAGAGCUUUCAAACCUCAAAUAAUUAAAAGAAAACAAGUUCAUAUUCACAAAGUUUUAAGAGUUCAGAAAUCAAUAUUUGGUGGAAUAACCCUGGUUUUUAAUCAGUUUUCAUGCAUCUUGGUAUGUUCUCCUCCACCAGUCUUACACACUGCUUUUGAAUAACUUUAUGACUUUACUCCUGGUGCAAAAAUUCAAGCAGUUCAGUUUGGUUUGAUGGCUUGUGAUCAUCCAUCUUCCUCUUGAUUAUAUUCCAGAGAUUUUUAAUUUUGGUAAAAUCAAAAGCUCAUCAUUUUUAAGUGAUCUCUUCUUUUUUUCAAGAGCUGUAGAACGCUUUUAAAAUGGAAAAACUGGUAUAUUUGAUCACAAAUACCAAUAAAAUAUUAAAAAUAUAGUUAUCGUGACCGGUCAUGUUCUACUUCUCUGAGGCCUCUCUCUCAGUAUCUGGCUGCAGUCACGCACAUCCAUGAGUAGUCGCUUUUAAUGCAUUUUUUUUUUUUUUAGUUU